AGGGUUUUAUUACUCUUCUAGUCUCUCUCGCUCUUUCUAGCUACUUUGAGCACACUCAAAAAACUCUCCGAUCCGAUCAGAAUCAAUGGUGGUUUUCGACAUCGGAGCAGUACCCUUUAACCCGGACGGUUGGGGCCCACCCGAAUCCUCUUCCUCCACCUCUCUCCUCCCAAACCACCCUACCAACGUCCCCUUCGCCCCCUUCUCUCGCUCCGACAAGCUAGGCCGGGUCGCCGACUGGACCCGCACCAACACCUACAACCAAACCCGCACCCAAACCCGCAACCCCUCCGACUCUGUCUUCGACUUCACCGGCGACGAUUCCUUCGGCGGCGGCGCCGACGACGACUCCUCCUUCCGCCUCGUCGACGGCAAGCCUCCGCCGCGGCCUAGAUUCGGCCCCCGGUGGCGCUUCCAACAACACCGCAACCAGCUCCCCCAACGCCGCGACGAAGAGGUUGAGGCCAAAAAACGCGAGGCCGACAAGGAACGCGCCCGCCGCGAUCGCCUCUACCACCUCAACCGCCCCGGCGGCCACGGCCAGCGGCGUGAGGCCGCGGUCUACAAGUCUUCCGUGGAGAUCCAGCCGGAAUGGAACAUGCUCGAUCAGAUCCCUUUCUCUACCUUCACCAAACUCUCGUUCUCCGUCCCCGAUCCCGAAGAUCUCCUCCUCUGUGGCUCUCUCGAGUUCUACGAUCGAUCCUUUGAUCGUAUAACCCCGAAGAACGCUCGUCCUCUCGAGAGGUUCAAGAAUCGGAAUUUCUUCAAAGUGACCACCACAGACGAUCCGAUCAUUCGCCGACUCGCUAACGAAGAUAAAGCUACGGUUUUUGCUACCGAUUCGAUUCUUUCGACUCUGAUGUGCGCUCCUAGGUCAGUUUACUCUUGGGAUAUUGUGAUUCAACGAGUUGGGAACAAGUUGUUUUUUGAUAAACGAGAUGGGUCUCAAUUAGAUUUACUUUCUGUUCAUGAAACAUCGCAAGAACCAUUGCCUGAAUCUAAAGAUGAUAUUAACUCUGCUUAUUCGUUGAGUGUUGAGGCUGCUUAUAUCAAUCAGAAUUUUUCACAGCAAGUUUUGAUUAGAGAUGGGCAAAAGGUGAAUUUUGAAGAAUCGAACCCGUUUGCGAAUGAGGGCGAAGAAGUAGCGUCGGUUGCGUAUAGGUAUCGGCGUUGGAAGUUAUCGGAUGAUAUGUAUCUUGUAGCCCGGUGUGAGGUUCAGAGUGUCGCCGAGGUUAACAAUCAGAGAUCAUUUUUAACUCAGAAUGCGCUUAAUGAGUUUGAUUCCAAGUACUCUGGUGUUGAUUGGAGGCAGAAAUUGGAGACUCAGAGAGGUGCUGUGUUGGCUACUGAAUUGAAGAACAAUGCCAAUAAGUUAGCCAAAUGGACUGCUCAGGCGUUGUUGGCAAGCGCGGAUAUGAUGAAAUUGGGUUAUGUGUCGAGGGUUCAUCCUCGUGAUCAUUUCAACCAUGUUAUAUUGGCUGUUGUUGGGUAUAAGCCGAGGGAUUUCGCAGCGCAGAUCAAUUUGAAUACAUCGAAUAUGUGGGGUAUUGUGAAGUCUAUUGUGGAUUUGUGUAUGAAAUUGAAUGAGGGGAAGUAUGUGCUUGUCAAGGAUCCAUCGAAGCCCCAGGUGAGGAUUUAUGAGGUUCCGGUAGAUGCAUUUGAGAAUGAUUAUGUGGAGGAACCAUUGCCGGAGGACGAACAGGUCCAGCCGCCUGCGGAGGAGAAUGCAGAAGAUGGAGAGGCAAAUACAGCUACAAAUGAUGUGGAAGACAAAGAGAUUACUAUUGAGGCUUAAAGGGGUAUCAAAUAAAUAUUUGGUGGAAGCAGGGAGGCAUAAAAGAAAAACUUGAGUUCCCUGAUUUUGGAUUGAGGUUUUUAUUUCUUAGCAAAAUUGUCUGAUAAUUUAGUUAGUGCCAUCAACUGCCCUUUCUUCUUUUAGCUUUGUUUGUAUUUAUAAUUAACAGUUUAUUCACCUUUAAAAUUUAAACUUGGAUUUGUGUUGGCAUGAAUGCUUGUAAUCAACGUUUUUUUUUUUCAAUUUUGGCCACGUUUUCAUUA